CACAAUAGUUUGACAGUCUAACUAACACGGAAGCAAAUACCUGCCGUCACUCAAACCAAUUCUUAUAUUCGUCUUACUUAGAUGUCCUGUCAUUAUUGCAGUCAUGAUGACUUGGCUCCUUGGUUUCGUAUUUUUCGCUUGUGAGAGACUCAUUGUUGUUAAUAGUCAAGGUAUUGUACAUGACAUGCUUGAUAUAUUCUCUUGAUUACGAGACGUUCAGCUCAAAUUUAUUAUUAUGUACUAAUUUUACGCUGCUUAAAUUAACCAAUUUCCUAUAGGGAAGAAACUAUUAGUAUCAAUUAUAUAGAGAUGUUACAAUGCAUGUACCAGCUAUUAAGGUUGAAUGCCAUUCUAGAAUCAGGACUAGAAAAUUUUUAAUAUCAUAUUAUAUAUCUAUAUUAGUGUCAUAAUAAUAAUCCAACUUUCUAUUUUCAACAUCCUGUUUUAAACCACCGCGCAAAUGAUAGAUCAAUCAACGCGGAGUUGUCCCAACGACUAUAUACUGCCUUACUGGUAUUAUUGGUGGCUCAAUGUAUGUUGAUAGGGCAUUCGAUCACUGUAUAGUUGUGGAUUUGUACAAUCAAUAUGGUAUGCUGUUAUUCUAUCACCCUAUAUUGACCCAACGUUCUGAGAAAACCAUUUAUGACAUCAUUAACAUGCUGAUAUACUAUCCGUAGACCAUAAACUAGAUUAUAUAUAUAUACCUACAUGUCCCAAUGCAAUAAUUCUACUGUAUUCUGUAAUAUAUUAAUUUUAGCGAGAUUGACUAUUGGUUAUAACAGGAACGCCGAGCCGCUUAAAUAUACGAAUUCAUGAUAUAUGAAUAUAGGACUUACAAAAUGAUAGUGGCUCGGUUGUGGUGCUAUUAGCCGGACAAUAGUUUGGAGUAAUGUUAUACUUAUAUACUAGUGGUGGUUGUUAUAAAGUCUGGGGGUACCAUCACUACCAUGCAGGGACUGCUCUUCAAGUAGAUCUGCUGCUAUUCCUCAAUUGCAGUGGACAUGAAUGCAUGCAUGAGCGGAAGCCGAUAUGUAACUUGAACAUAAUCCGAAUUUUUUACUGACAACUAAGAAAAUAUCUUACCGAUGUAAAUGUCAAACGAUGAAACAUCAAUUUAACCAUUUUAAAAAAAUACCGCCGGCAAAUAUAGCUUGAGUGUUAACUAAGUAACAUCCAAAGACCUGAUCAUUAAGCAUGGUAAAUGUUAUUCAAUACUCUGACAACAAGCACGAAAAGUGCAAUGGGAACGCUCUCCAUCGUAAAUCUUGGCUGAGUGCACAAGGAUUAGGACAAUUAAGUCCGUUAGUGGAGUUUCGAAGGAGAACCUUUUUUGAAAUAGCUGUAUAUAAAUAUGCUAAUAAUAUAAAUUUGCGUCAAAUUUUCCAAAUUUGGAGGCCUGCAUGACCUAACGUCAGAGUACAUUAGUCAUUACGCUGUACAGAGUGUAUCAUAAAAAAGUAGACAAUCAGUUUGAAUUAGAAACGGCUCUCGAUUUCACAAAUCCGUUCAUGUCAUGAAAUUUUUGAUAAAUAUAGAUUGUUUGGGUACUUAUAAUGUAGAAUACAAAUUUUUUCAACAAAAAGUUUCGUAAAGAUAAAUUUUUAAUGUUGCUAUAAAACACAACUCCUCCUGCUCUCCCCCUCCUGCUCUCCCCCUCCUAACCUUUAUGAAUUUUUUGUUUAUUCUGCAUUGUAUAUAUAAGUACCCAAACAAUCCAUAAUCCAUAUUUAUCAAAAAUUUCAUGACAUGAACGGAUUUGUGAAAUUGAGAGCCAUUCCAAAAUUGUAUACUUUUUUCUGUUACACCCUGUAAUGCCAGUUUUCUUCAGCAAUUCCGCUGGCUUGCCAGGCCCAAGGGCCGAGUCUAAAAUGCGACAGAAUCUAGAUCAAAAUUGCGUUAUAAUAGUUUUCAAUUAUUGCCGUAAAUCCCCUAUUAAUUUGAAUUUGUAAGAUUUUAGUGAUGCAUGACAUUACGUUAUUUUAUAGUUUGGCCACAGGGUACGUACGGUCUACCUAAACCAGUGUCAGGAUGUCCUGCCAACUGGCAAGAUGGAUGGAUAAAACAGGACUUAGAAAACUCAAACCCAAGAAGCGAGUUUUCUGUUGAUCUGAACUUACAUAUAGAAGCAAAUUUAACAGGAGGUGAUAUAAGAAGAAGUUUUUGCAUUAAAACGUCCACUGACACUACAAAAUCGUGGCCUGCAGGUAAAUACAAUGUACCAUUUAAUAUGAGUUUGAUUUUUCCUAUACUAUAGUAGUAAUAAGGGUUUAAUUUAAAAUACAUCAUCUAAAACAAUAUUGACACUGCUUUCUGGACCUGUAUUUCUUAAUUAUUUUGCACACUGUCCAUUGUCUAUGCAUUGCAGUAAUGCAGCAAUAUUAUCCAUUGCAGCAAUAUUAUCCAUUGUGAAUGGCGUUCGGUGUCACUUGAUUUGAUGCAUGCAUAACACUUAUCUUUUCCAUUGUUAUUGGAACAACUUUUUGACAGGAUUGAGAAAUACGCAAUCAAUAAACAAGAUAGUUCUCUAUACUUUUGUUUUCUAAUUAACAACUAUUAGUAUUUUUACACAAGUGAACAUAUUAACAAAUCCUAUACGUUAAUUGGUCAAAUUUGACGUAAUAAGCUGUUAUAUUCACCUAUAGGUGAAUAUAAUAAAACAGAAAUUUUCAAAAUGGCGGCUACCCGUUUUGUGACAAAGUUUUACUGACAAAGAAAUAAGCGAAAUUAAAAUAAAUUCAGUCUCAAAAAACACAAAAGCUUGUGUAAAAAUACUAAAACAAUUAUUCGCCUCAGGCUCGGUGAUUAUCGGGGAAUAUUCACCUCGACUUCGUCUCGGCGAAUAUUCCCCUAUAGUCACCUCGCCUUCGGCGAAUAAUUGUUAAUUGUUGGUUUGUCAUGCAAUAAUAAGUAAUAUAAAGCACAUAUUAACUUAUAAGCGUAAUGCUCCAAAUUUUCCCGAUUUUUUCUGGAGGAUUGUAAUAAAAUAACUUGAAUCAGUCAGCACAUUUUGUGAUAAAUUUGCCAAAUGUCAGUAUAGCCAAGGUGACCUGCUUUCCGGAAGAGUGUAUUGCCCCUCUCGCCUCACUGUCCCAUGCACCUAUGAUGAAGCAAUGAGUAGUCGAUCUGAAUCCCUCUUACAAGGCGAGCAGUAGUAAAUCAGAUACAGAUCGGAUGCGCGUGCUUUACACGUAAAAUACAAAACAUUUGAUAAAUUAACAUUUUGAAAAUAUUUUUUAUGCUCCCAUUAAUUAAUUUUUUUUGUCUUUUUAGUAACGACCAGAAGGCUUUUUUUAUAA